AUGCCGGAAACCAUACACGAGAUUACCGAUGAUACCACCAAUGAAGCCACAGAUGAGACCAAAGAUGAUACCACAGAUGAGACCAAAGAUGAUACCACCGAUGAUACCGAAGAUCAUAACGCCGAUGAGACCACCGCUGGAACUACCGAUGGAAACACCGAUAGAAUGGCUAUAUCCUUCACUAUCCAUAUCGUCUUCCACAUCCGUAUCUCCUUCAGUAACUGUAACGCUUACAGUAGCCGCUCCGUUAUUAUUCGCACCCCCCCAUACGCUCGAGGAUACAGUCCACACGAUCCAUGA